GGUGCCGGACAGAUUCCGUUGACAUUGCUGAGGAGGAGGUGGGGACGGGACUGGCGUUACCCAACCUGAAGGUUUUACUGACGGGAGCCGCGGUGUGGUGGCAGCCCGCUUCUCAGCUGCGAUAUUCGGACACGGUGCAGUCAUGUAUCGGCGGCCGCUGCAGUCCGCCGUCAGAAGCGUUUUUAACGUGACAGCGUCCAGAACCGCCGGAGGAAAGGUGUUAGAUCAAGAAGCCUGCUUUGCCAGAGCUUUAGUAGCUUGCCAACUGGCCAGAGUCCCCUCUCCCAGUCUAACACCAUGUCGGACGCUGCACAUGACCACACAGCUCUACAAUGUGAAGGAGACGCCCCAGCACACAGAGGAGGAGGUCGGGGCCUUCACCAAGCUCAUCGAGGCCAUGGGCUUCACUGGGCCUCUCAAAUACAACAAAUGGAAAAUCAAGAUCGCUGCCUUGCGCAUGUACACGUGCUGCGUAGAGAGAAUCAACUACGACGAUUUCUUUGAAAAGUGCUCGCUCCCCGACACACUCAACUCCUGGUUCCUGGUAGCGCAGCUGCAUGUGUGGAUGUGUUUGGUUCGGAUGCGUCAGGAGGGCCGAGAAGGAAAGUACAUGUGCCGUUACAUCGUCCACUCCAUGUGGGAGGAUGUAGAGCAGAGGAGCAAAAUCAUGGGGGUCGAUGCCAUCCACAGAAAGGAAGGGAUGAAACUGAUGACGGAGACGUUCUACGCAGCUUUAUUUGGAUAUGAUGAGGGACUCCUGUCUGAUGACUCUGUGCUGGCUGCAGCUCUGUGGAGGAACCUGUUCAAUCGAGAGUGUGAAGACCCGCAGCAGCUCGAGCUCAUGGUGGAAUACGUUCGCAAACAGAUGCAGUUCAUCGACGCUCUGAACGGGGAGGACAUGCUGCUGACGGGGGAGGUGAAGUGGCGCCCUCUGCUGGAGGAGAACGCACAGAGCAUCCUGAAGGUGGCCACGCCCACGUACAACGACACCGGACUGUGAGGCGAGGAGCGCUGCCUCCUCUCAUCCAGAGUCCUCUUCCCUUCUCCCUCCUAUAAUCAUGUUCCCCUCCCGUCGCUCUCCUCUCUGUCGUACCAGGAGGGAUCUUAAAUUUUACCUUCUCUGUUGCUGUAGUUUUCUCAUCCACUCCUUCAUUUCUUUUCUGCUCUUUUACCCCAAAACACAACACUUCCUGUCUUUCUUUGCUUCCUCCCCCUCAGAUGUCCUGUUUCUGGAGCUACAGUAUAGGCAGGAUAGACAGUCAGGGAUUUAUUUCACACACACACACACACACACACACACACACACACACACACACACACACCUUCUCAUACUCCCAUCAGUCAGCGAACCAGCCACGCAUCAUCAUCACCGUCGUCCUGUCGGUUUUGAGAGCCUCUGCUGCCUCCUCUCUGCAAACUGUCAAGUGAAACACACCAGGAGAGAACAAGACGCUCUGUAUUUAUAUUUUCGUGUUUUUCCGUCAACGCCACGCUGUAUUUAUAUAAACUAUUUUGUAUUUCUCCAUGUUUACACUCUUCUCCUGCCGAGGUGUUAGUCCAGACUUCUGUCACUGCUCCUUCACUGUGUGUUCGAUAAAGUUUCACUCUCAGCAGGUGAAGUGACAUAAAAAUGACCCCGGCGGGAAUCAAGCAACAGGUUUCAGCAGAUUAACGGACCUCCUGAGGGUCAGACGUCUGUAGCUCUUCACUUCUCCUCUGUAUGUUUCUCUCCCAUGAUGCUCUCAGACCCGAACAGGAAGCGACUUGGAUGUUCACCGCAUUAAAAACAAUGAGAAAGUUUUUAAAAAGUGAAUUAAAUAAAAUGUUCUCUGUAUGUAUGAAA